CCCUACCCACCCAACCCCUACCCACCGACCCAUCAUAUAUUCACCCACCCAUUCAUUCAUCCUGCGAACGGUGGCUGUUACCGGUUAGACCGGACGCGGCGGUCAAAAACACCGGCGCGGCGCCGCUCUCCGCACUCGGCUUCCCCCCUCCUCCCCCAACGCAUUUGCUUCCCAGCGGCCCCCAGUGAGUAAUCUCGGGGCUCCCAGAGGCCCUCCUCCUCCUGCCGCUGCUCAGGGACACCCCCUCUCUCAACCCGGCUCGGGGACGCGGCGAGAGGAGGGGACAUGCCGCGCGGGACGACGCCAUGAGGCUCAGGAAUGGAACGGUGGCAACGUUCCUGGUCCUGGCGACCUUCGUGUCGGUGUCUCUCUACACGACGUGGCAGACGCAGAAAGAUGACGAGGUGGCGGGGUACCAGCGCGAGCUGCAGUCGGUGCACGAGCGGCUGCUGCUGCUGGAGACGAAGAGUGCCCAGCGCUCGCGCGAGCUCGCCUCCGUGCUGCACGGCCUGCAGCGCGGCAACCGCAGCAACGACGGUGCGGCGAAGCGAGAGAAGCGCGUGCCGCUGGUCGGCGGCGGCGGCGUUGCCGUGGUCCCCAGCGUCAGCGGCGGCAGCCGCGGCACCGCAGCCCCCCGCGAGGCGGAGGGGCCCAUGGGCGGAAUCUUCUACUACCUCCCUCACCUGCUGCUGUUGCCGGGCCGCGGCCUCGCACCGGCCGUGCACCUCACGCAGGGCCGCAUGGGUGUGUCGGUGGUGCUGGGCGUACCGACGGUGAGGCGCGCUGUGCAGACCUACCUGAUGGACACCCUCGCGUCGCUCACCCAGGAGCUCUCGCCCAACGAAAAGAGGGACUGCCUCAUCAUCGUCUUCAUCGCAGAGACAGACCUGAGCUACGUGAACACGGUGGUGGAGCAGCUCAAGAAAGGGUUCCAGCACGAGCUGGACACGGGGCUUCUGGAGGUCAUCAGCCCUCCCGUGGGCUAUUACCCCGACAUGGGCAGCCUCAAGCAGACGUUUGGAGACUCGCUGGAGAGAGUCAGGUGGAGAACCAAGCAGAACCUGGACUUCUCCUUCCUCAUGCUCCACGCGCAGCCCCGCGGGAGAUUUUUCGUACAGCUGGAGGAUGACAUCGUGGCGAGGCCCAACUAUCUGACGACCAUGAAGAACUUUGCGGAGCAGCAGCCGUCCGACGAGUGGAUCAUCCUCGAGUUCUCGCAGCUGGGCUUCAUCGGUAAGCUGUUCAAGGCGUCGGACCUGAACCCGAUCGUGGAGUUUUUCCUGAUGUUCCACAAGGACAAACCCAUCGAUUGGCUGCUCGAUCACUUCCUGUGGGUCAAGACCUGCAACCCAGAGAAGGACGCGAAACACUGCGAGCGUCAGAAGGCGAAUCUCCGCGUUCGCUUCAAGCCGUCGCUGUUCCAGCACGUGGGCACCCACUCCUCCCUGUCGGGCAAGAUCCAGAAGCUCAAGGAUCGCGACUUUGGGAAGCAGCCGCUGCACAAGGCGCACCCAAACCCGGCGGCGGAGGUGAGCACGAGCCUCAAGACGUACCAGCAGUACUCGCUGGAGAAGGUCUACCUGGGCCAGGACUUCUUCUGGGCCUUCACGCCCGUCGCCGGCGACUUCAUCCUCUUCCGCUUCCACGAGCCCAUCCGCGUUGAGAGGUACCUGUUCCGUAGCGGGAACAUCGAGCACCCGGGCGACAAGCUGUUCAACACGAGCGUGGAGGUGCUGCCCUCCCUGAGUCCCGACUCGGGCAAAGAGACGCUUCAAGACACCAAGGAUCGCUCGUCCAAGUACUUGCGGACGGAGGACGGCUUCUUCCGCGUCGGAGCGUUCGUCAAUGGCGCCGCCGAGGGAGAGGUGGAGCAGGGUCUGGGCCCCAUCACGGCUCUGCGUCUCUCCAUCAUCACCGACUCGCCCGUCUGGGUCAUCCUCAGCGAGAUCUACAUCAAGAAGGCAGCGAGGUGACGGUGACACGGAGGCCCCCUCCCCCCGCGCCGCCUCCACCUCCUCCGUCGCCGCCACUGCCGCGGCAGCGAAGAGGAACUGGGACUGGUAUCGAACCUCCGCCCCUCGUCUCGGCCGCAACGCCCGUCCCUCCCCGAGCCGUCGUAGGCGCCUAGGAGGGGAGACGACCGAGGGUGGAGAAGCGAGGAGAAUCCACCUCGAGUUUUGGAGGGGGGGGGGAGGGGGAGCCGAGGGGAGGAGUGGACACAAUCGGAACUCCUGGGGUCUUGCGAUUUGAGAUGUUUUGGGGGAUUAACGAUGCCUGGUUCAGGCCCCCCACCCCCCCCCCCCCCCCCCCCAUUGAGUUGUUUUGGGAACGCAAAAACUUUUGUUGUUGUCUCCAAAGCUACCGGCCUCGUCUUGGGCAACUGGUAAAUAAGUUAUGACACUCCGCGGAGAAUCGCAGUGUGUGUUGAAGUGUGGGGGUGUGUGUGUGUGUGUAAGGAUCAAUGUCUCUCUUUCAAUUCGUAUACGAACCUUAUGGCGGGACCCCGGGGUCCCCAAUAAACGGAAGUCAAAAUCGUAAUUAAUUAAUUUAUUUUUGGCGACUCCGUCCCACCGCGCAGAUAAAGGCCGAGACCCCACCUGGCGUGGAUCGUUCCGUUGUCACGUCGUCUAAGCGCAAAAGCAGCGAGGACAAAUGCGCAGAAGAGCUGAACAAGCGAAUGCGCUCCAUGCUCGGGUAUGGGCAGGAUCCUGAGUCUUAUCCAAAGCCGUUCAAACUGCCGACACGACUUAAUUCCUUUAUUUGUUAUAACGGUAUGCAUAAUAAUACAGUGAAACUGCUCUCUUAUCUUCAUUAUUAUUUGUGACAUACCAAUGUCUGCAGCCAGGAUCAAUCGAUGACAAUCCUAUUACCUGCAAAUAUUUAACAGAUGA